GGUCUUCCCAGCCCGGAGAGAACCCGGCGCGGGCUGCGUGCACGGGUACCUGCUGUGCGCGCGCCCGCCGCCCGCGCAGCCCUAGGUCCCGCUCCGCCCUCCGGGUCGUGGCGCCCGUCUUUUCCCUGCUCUCCCGUCGCCGCCCGUACCCGGGCUCGGGAAUUGGGCCGGGGUAGGGCGGGAGCCGCGGGACUAGCGCCUGAGGAGAAGCCAUGGAGCUGAGCAGCAAGAAGAAGCUUCAUGCCCUUUCCCUGGCUGAGAAGAUCCAGGUGCUGGAACUCCUGGAUGAGUCCAAGAUGUCCCAGUCGGAGGUGGCCCGGCGCUUCCAGGUCUCCCAGCCUCAGAUCUCACGCAUCUGCAAGAAUAAGGAGAAGCUGCUGGCGGACUGGUGCAGCGGCACGGCCAACCGGGAGCGCAAGCGCAAGCGGGAGUCCAAGUACAGCGGCAUCGACGAGGCUCUGCUCUGCUGGUACCACAUUGCUCGGACCAAGGCCUGGGACGUGACAGGGCCCAUGCUGCUCCACAAAGCCAAGGAGCUGGCCGACAUCAUGGGCCAGGAUUUUGUGCCCAGCAUCGGCUGGCUGGUCCGCUGGAAACGCCGAAACAACGUGGGCUUUGGGGCCCGCCAUGUACUCUCACCUCCGUUCCCCCCUGAGCCACCUCCCCCAGGCCUCACGUCACAGACCCAGCCACCUCUUUCCCUUAAAGACUUUUCCCCAGAGGACGUUUUUGGCUGUGCUGAAGUGCCCUUGCUGUAUCGGGCAGUGCCCGGUAGAGUGGGUGCGUGUGAUCAAGUUCAGGUGCUGCUGUGUGCCAACAGCAGGGGCCUAGAGAAGCGGCGGGUGUUGGUCAGUGGACUCCAUGCUGCGCCAAGGUGCUUCUUUGGGGUCAGCAGUGAGGCUCUGCCUGCCUCCUACCACCCUGACCUGGGCAUCCCAUGGUCAGAGUGGCUGGCACAGUUUGACGAGGACAUGGGGAGGCAGGGCCGACAGGUAGCUUUGCUGCUGGCUGCCCGAGUGGUGGAGGAGCUGGCAGGACUGCCUGGCCUCUGCCAUGUGAGGCUCCUGCCUCUGUCUGCCGCUAGCACCACAUCUUCCCUGCCCAGCUCUGUGGUCCGAGCCUUUAAGGCCCAUUACCGGCACCGUCUGUUGGGCAAGCUGGCGGCUGUCCAGAGUGAGAGGGCUGGCACAUCGCUGGCUGAGGCUGGGGCGGGCAUCACAGUGCUGGAUGCUCUGCAUAUGGCGGCGGCGGCCUGGGCCAAGGUGCCUCCGCAGCUCAUUGUCAGCAGCUUCAUCCAGGAAGGGCUGGCUCCCUGCAAAAUGCCCCUGUCCCCGGACAAAGCCUCUGAGAUGCCACCAGUCCCCCGUGGGCUGAGCCACGAGGAGUUUUCCCGCUUUGUGGACCUGGAGGGUGAGGAACCCAUGUCUGGAGUGUGCAAAGAGGAGAUGGGCACCGAAGACGAGCAGGAGGCCAGCAAGGAUGGCUUUGAGCCCCUGCCCACCAAAGCUGAUGCCCUCCGGGCCCUGGGCACGCUGAGGAGGUGGUUUGAGUGCAAUGGCACUUCCCCUGAGCUAUUUGGAAAAUUCUAUGCCUGUGAGGAGGAGGUGGAGCGGCUCUGCUGCCUGUGAAGGGCCCCUGCUGCUCACAGAGCCCCUCCUCUCCUGUUUCCCAUGGAAACGCCCUCUGCAGAAGGCAGGUUGGGGGCUGGUCUCUUUCCCAUGGAAAUGGAGCUUUUGUGAAAGGUGUAGAAGGGAGACAAGUUGGGAGACCAAGUCUAGUCUCUGAGCAAAAGUUCUCCCAGCCCGGAGAAGAAGGGUGCAAAGGGGGCGGUAGGGAGGUGAAGCUAGUCUAGGUAGUUUCUGAACCUCUAGGGAGGCUGGGACUUGGGAAGGUGGAAUGGGGGCUUUACAGAAAGGCCGAUC